ACGGACGCUGAUGGGCAUCGGUUGUACAGUAAAUAGUAAUAUGCCCACAGAAGAACUGCUCAUCUUCUCUUUAUGAUUUGAGCCAAGUUAGCUGUAUUCAUUAUCAUCGAAAAUCAAAUCAUUACGCGCUUGGCUCUCGCAUCGGAUUAAAUACUACGGAAUAACAUUAAGCACUGUUGCUUUGGUAUCAAGAAAAUAUUCCGGUUUUUUUGCGUCUUAUCUGGAUUUUAUGAAAAGUCAGUAAUUGACGGUAUUGUGGAAUUUUUCUGAUUUUUUGGAUCCGUUCUUCUUUCGAGCUUUAUUAAUUGUUGAUAAUGUCACGGAGAUUUUUUUAUUUAUUUGUUCUGGCAGUGGGAAGCUGUUUAUUGUCUUGUGAUGAGAUCAAUGCCCAGCAGACAGUAUCACAGUGCGUGACGCCAGUUUAUCGGGUCCUCGUAACGCCGUUGAAAACCUUUACGGACGUCUUCACAAAUUCCAGUGGGACAUACUACACAGGAUUCAAUAUCGAUGUGCUGUUCGCCAUAGCCAAGCGGGCUAAUUUCUCGUUCACUAUCGGAACGACGCCGAACAGCGCCUUCGGCUCAUCCAGUGGACAAGUGUCGACUAGCGGGGAAACUUGCUUCGGCAGCAACUCCGGUGUGUCCAUAUUCCAGCAGCAGCAAUACGACAUUUACGCCGUCGCCCUGGACCAGGUCUCCGAAUACUUAACCGCAGUGGACUUCACCACGCCCAUCUUCCGCUCCGAUGUCCAGAUUCUUUACAACGUCCAGGCCGGACUGAACAACAAUACCAAGUAUUCGGUCAUCAGUCAAACGGCCGGAAAGGAUGUUCUUAUUAUGACCAAGAAUCCCCGUCUGAUGGCCAUCUGGGCCAACAUCCAGGCCAAUGCACCGACAUCCCUACCGCAGACGUACGACGACGCCAUAAAUCUCAUCAAAAACCAGGGUUAUGCCUUUGUGGGACGGACGCCGUUGAUUGAUCAGGAAGUGUGCAAUUCAUACUACCAAAUCGCCAAAGAUCCCACUAUUUUCAAACAGACAUACGCAUCCUUUGCCGUACAGAAAGGUAAUAACGACCUUCUGGACAAGAUAAACCGCGCCAUUCUCUCACUACAGGAAGACAACACUAUCCCCACUUUAUUGACCAAAUGGUUUCCCUGUUCUAACUUUCAGUGCAGUUGAUACCGUGCCGCCGUGUUGUUGUGCUCGUAAUCUUAGUAGUAUUGUUGACAUCUGUUUAUACUGACAUAAUGAUAAAAUUGCUCUAUUUUGUCCUUCCUACGCGCCGGCGCGAUGAUUGACAGGAAUGCAUUUUGUACGUUGUUUUUACCAUCGAUUAACUUUUCUCCUCAUUCUCUUUACCCAGCGCAAUGUGGACCGUCAAGUGUUAUAAGUAAUAAGAAAGCAGAGAA